AUGGUGCCAGAACCUUCGGUACCCAUUCGAUACGCGAGUACAAGUCGAGAGGAAUCGGAACCACAUACAAGCUCGAGCAUCCACACCGAAGACGAUCGAGAAUCAGCGCCAAAUAUUACCACGCCAGCUGAGGAUCUAACAAGUGGAAGUACAGGGUAUGGCAAAGGGAAGUCACCACGGGAAACAGCAAGUGGAAGUAAAGUGUCUGGCAAAGGGAAACGAGCAACUGCAAGCACUUCGGCUAGUAGAGAGUGGCGAGCACGGAUGACAGCAAGUGGAGGUACGGGGUCUGGCAAAGGUAGGCCAGCACAGAAGCCCACAGCAGCGCUAGACACAAAUAGUCAGAGGGGAAAACCAAAAACGACUUACAAGUGCACAGCGGGCUGUGAUCGUCAAUUUAGUACUAUCCAAAGCAAGCUCGAGCAUGAGAGCCACCACAAUGUUGUCCGGUGUGAAUGGGUGGAUGCGGGGGUGGUCUGUGGCAAGAUAUUCACCACACCGAGAGACCACAGGACGCACCUGAAGCUGCAUGAACGGAUGAACCCAUCGCUGUAG